UAUUUAAACACUUUUCUCUCUAAAAUGUUAAGGAUUAUUACAUAAUCUGUUUAAUCCCGGACCCUUUAACGCUUUAACGUUUUAAAUGAGUGAAUGAAAGGUGUGAAUGGGUGAAUCUGCCGCCCUGCUGGAGGCUUUGUCCUCUAAUCUGCAGUGCGUUGAGCUGCUGCAGAGCUUCCGUCGUUGCGUUUCAUCAUGGAGGACAAGCAGACGACUGGAGCCGAGUGAAGAACCGCAGCGCUCCCGCAGAACCGCCGCAGUCAGACCCGCGUCACUCAUCUGGAGGCGGUUAUCAGUCAUCUGGAUCAGAACAGGCCACACCUGACGGGUGACGGUGGCCAUCAUGAAGCAUUUUCUCAGAGUCCUGACCCAGUUCUUCGUGUUCCUCUACUGUAAAUGUCUCUGGCGGAGCCUGAAGUUUGUUGUCAGGAAGUUUACGGGCAGCUGUGAGCUGCAGCGAAUCUGUUACAACAACAAACAUGGAGCUCGCAGGACCCACAAGAUAGAGUCGUCUCUGCGGUAUUCUAAACAUGAGCUGCUGCAGUCGGCACUCAGCGUCCAUCCUGACAAAGUCGAGAAAACCAUCGAUGACAUCAUGGCUCUGAAGAAGAUUAACCCGGAUACAAAUCCACAGCUGGGCAUCUCUCUGCAGGCCAGUCUGCUGCAGGUUGUGGGCUACAGGAGUCUGGUGUCGGAGGUGGAGAAGCUACGCAGGGAACCGUACGACUGUGAGAACGCCGAGCACGAGGAGAUGCUGCUGAAGCUGUGGGAGGAACUGCGUCCUGACACCCCUCUCACCGGUCGCAUCUCCAAGCAGUGGUGUGAAAUCGGUUUCCAAGGCAACGAUCCCAAGACUGACUUCAGAGGCAUGGGCCUGCUGGGUCUUCACAACCUGCUGUAUUUUGCGGAACACGACAAAGCCACAGCGCUGCAGAUGCUCCAGGAUUCCUUACAACCAAAGCACAAUGAGGUAGGCAAGCCCGACUGGGAACAGAAGAACCUGGACAAAGCUAUCGGGUAUUCUUUUGCCAUCGUUGGCAUCAACAUCACUGACCUAGCCUGGUCUCUGCUGGUGGGCGGAGCUUUGAAGACUCACCUGUACAACGUGGCUCCAGAGAUUCCCAACCUGCUGCACUUCCAGCAGACGUUCUGUUACCUGAUGCAGGAGUUCCACCGCUUCUGGAUUGAGGAGGAUCCCAGCGACAUCAUGGAGUUCAACCGGGUCCGCUCCAAAUUCCACCGGAGGAUCCUGAGACAGCUGAAGAACCCGGACAUGGCUCUGUGUCCUCACUUCUCAGCCUCUGACCUCCACUUGGUCAACCUGUAAAGUCUCCACCCUCACAUCUUCACACGUCUCCAGCAAGUGUUCAGUUAAAAAUAAACAAAUCUGAAAAACGCUAAUGAUUCCUCAAACCGCUGGACUAAAAACAGGAGACGUUCUUGUCUCAGCUAACAUCAUGAUGUGUCACUGCCAAAAGAUCACCACACACACACACACACACACACACACACACACACACACACACACACACACACACACACACACACACACACACACACACACACACACACGCACAGUGGCGGAUUUAGCAAUUUGGGGGCCCAAGGCGAACACAGACAUGGGCCCCCUUACUCUAAAUUUUCGACAAUCUUAUCUUUAACUGGAUUAGCGGAACUCUCCCCUCUUCUGACACGAGUUAUUUUCCCUUUUUAUUAGUCCUCCGCUUUGUUCCUGUAUUUCCCUUUGAGUGCUUUCAGUAUUUGCUCUGCUUUCUUCUUCCUGUCAGUGCUCCUGUGCUUUUGCCUUUCUUUUUUUUCUAUUUUCCAUUUUGGUCCAUGUUUUCCUCCCUUUAAACAUUUUCCAUUGUCUUUCCUUUUCUGCUUCCUUUGAUGUUUACAUCGAAAAACGACGUCACUUUCAGAAGUGAAGAUAAAAGCUUUUUUAAAGCAAGCUGCUUCUUUCUCUUAUUGGAGCCACGAGGAUAACUUCAUUUCAUGCUUCAUGUUUUGACUAUCGCUUCGAGUUUGUUACAAAUGCUUCCGCCUCUCUCCUUCUUUUUCUGCUUUCUCUUUUUCUUAUUUGUGCUCUUGUGGCACUUGACAAACAACAAUUUGGUGCAUUACUGCCACCAACUGGAUUGGAGUGGAACGACUACCAAUCACUUCCUGUUUGUGCAUCGGCGUCUAAAAUAAAUAGUCCAUUGCGGCAUUAACAGAGGGGUGCCAGAGGUCAGGGCUAGGGUGCCCCCAACAUAAGGGGGCCCCAGGCGGCCGCCGACCUAUGCCUAAUGGUAAAACCGCCACUGCACACACACACACACACACACACACACACACACACACACACACACACACACACACACACACACACCUAAUUAUUUGCCAAAUCUUGCAUUCCAUCUUCAAAGCGUGAAUGAGUAGGCCAAGCCACUAGGUGGUGACAUUGUUCAAGAAAAGGACCAAAAUAGAAAAUUUGAGUCCUGAACAUGGCUAGUCAUUCUUCCAAUACAAAUGUUGUUCACUUUUUAAAAAAAAAAAGAUAAAGUUCCUCUCAAUAAUCAACAACAGAAUCGGAACAAAUUCAGUAAAACAAACAAACAAAAAAAGAUAUUUAAAUAAGGUCAUUGUUGUAGUUUUAAGAUUAUUCUUAGAAAUCUGAUUUUGUCUCACAAAAAUGUCAACGUCUUGGUAUUUGAAAAUAAUUUAAACCAGAAAACACAACAGAUGCUUUACCCUUAAGCAAGUGUAACCUUACAAAUUAUUAUUUACGUUAAUAAAACAUACUUUUUACAUAUGUAAGGGUUAAAUCCUAAAAUGUCAUGGCUCAGAGGUCAAGGUUUAGUUUUCAGAGACGUCCAGGCAGCCAGAGUGAAAUAAAAUCCUCUUUAAUAAAAAAUAAACUAAGGAAACAAACCCCUCAAAGUCAUAUUAUUAUUAUUAUUAUUAUUAUUAUUAUUAUUAUUAUGAGCAGUGAGGGUCAAUCAGAGGAACAGAACUUUGGCUGCAACAAAAGAGGAAGCCUGCAGCUUGAUGCAAAGCAGGUGUGCUUAUAUAAAAAUAAAUUAGGAACAGGUGCAUGCAGGGAGCACAAGGCAAGACUAAUCAAAGCCGGAUAAAACCAGAUUUUAAUACCAGAGAACAAACUCAGCACUGCAAAGUGGGAAGAUUUAAGUUCCUACAUGUUUCUACUUACACACACACACACACACACACACGCACGCACGCACACACACACACACGCACGCACGCACACACACACGCACACACACACACUGCCUCUCGCUGCAGCGUCAGACCACCAGCAUCUAGACGACCAUGGCGAUUGUAGCUGUGGACCAUCAGGCUGCGUCACACCAUCUCCGCUCAUGCUUGCUUUAAAACUCAUGAUUGUACCACAAGUUGCUUUUUUAAUAACUCAAAACCAAAUUUACUUCUCUGCCAAAAACUUCUUGUAGAUCAGUCAGAAUACUCCAACUGUCUGAGCUGAAGUUUAGCUUCAGGAUUAAAGUACAACAACCCACAGAGCUGAUGAGUGAACUGAAUGUUACAUAAUCUGUUGCUAAAGUCACAGUAGCCUGUCGGCUCUUUGCAUCAGCACACAGCCGUGGACAGUAAUGUGCAUCAAGUCAACUCAAACACCUGAAAGUUAAUUUCAGUCAAAUUAUUGAUAAUCAGUGAAUUUUGGUUUCUAAAGUUUAAAAAAAAUCUGAAGAACAUCUCAACUGUUUCCUUUUAGGCACAUUUUUGUUCUGCAGGUUUGCAAAAACAUGAAUAUUUAGUCACGAAUGUUCAUCACAUGAUUGUUUGAUUCUAUUUAUUUACUGAAUGUGACUCUGCGUCCAGUGUGAAAUCAGCCAAAGCAAUAACUGACAUUCAUUUCACUGCACGUUGCUUUAAAAUGUGUUUGUCAACACCGUGCGUGCCUCAGUGUUCGUUUUUUUUGUUUGCAUCAGAGCUGGAAUGAUAGUCAAACGCUGCUUCAUGUUGUCUUAUAUUAAAUCGUUUUUUAUUUAAGUGUAUAUAUAUAUAUAUAUAUAUAUAUAUUUAUUAGUUUUAAAACUGUAGAUUUGAUCUGGAAUAUAGAUCAGUCAGUUAUUUCUUAUUUUUAUUUUGAUUUAAAGCCAAACCCAAAACGUUUUCCACUUCUCCAUCCCUCUGGUUGAAAGUGGAAUUACAACUGUCGUAAACAACCCUGCAGCAGCCUGCUGUGGCCAUUGCUAACACCUAGCUAUCGCUAAAUCGAGCCAACAGGUGCAAAUGAGGCUCAAAGUUAAAAUAUCUGCUCUGAUGGUAUGAAUUUUAUUCUUUACAAAUCCAGUAGCAACAAAGCCAGGUCACCAUCAGUACGUGAUGUCAUAGGCUCCUUCAGCUCCCUCAAACGAGCAUGGGCUGCACCAAUGUUCACUCUGGUUUUAGAUGUUCGCUUUACGUCCAAAGACAUUACUCUUGGUUUUACUUCCAGGCUCCGCCAUGAUGCCAACAGAAAAAAAAGACUUUUUUCUUCUUGUGUUUUUUAAUGAUGAACUGAAAAGCUAACUGCUAGCCUUUAUAUUAGCUACUGGCACAGUAAACAGACAUUACUAUAAAGCAGAUAAAGACCUCCCACUAGCAUACCUACUCGAACCGCUAUCAUGUUAAGUGCAGUUUCUGGUCAGCAGCUGGCUACAGCCUAGUGUCCAACGUUAAGCUGUUACGUUUCUGGCUCAAGAACCACUGAAACCAGUUUUAAAGCAAUAGCUUGAAGUGUUAAAGUGUUGCUUUAAUGACCUCUAAGAAAGGUCAAGGUGACUUUUACAGCUAGCCUUUAAAUAAGAGACAUUUGUAGCUGUGCUUGAGUUUCUUUAUGGUUCAUAAACAAGUGUGUAAAAAGCAGCGUUUGAUGAACAUUUCAGCUCCACGUUUACUUCUCACCGAAUGCUAAAAGCUCACACGUGACUCAUGCCUUCCCCACAGCAGCGUUGCUUCUGAACACACAAUCCUCGUCUUUAAUAUUCAGCAGUGUGAAGCUCCAACAAAUGUUCUUAUCACAAAACAUUUAAAUGUAAACAUCACUCACUGCCACGCUCGCACCGGUUGUGUUUGAAUGGUGUUGAAGACGUUUGUUCCUUUGCUUUUCGUCGGUACCCAGCAGCUGUUUACUUCUGUGAUUGUUGGUUCUGGAUUUUUCAUGCUUGCAGUUCUCUUUGUUUUAAAGGUCAUAUUUGCACAUUUCUUAAAGCUACAACAGCGUUUUGUUUAUGCUAGUAAUUUAUGAUGUAUGGGUCGAUACGUCCCGCAGUGAUCUAGACGCGUUAUGGCUUCUGCUGCUGUGUUUAUGCUUUAAAGGACAUCGAAGACCUCACUCUGCACGAUAUUUUCAUUCUCACAGUUUUCUGUAUUAUUCAGUAAAAAAAUACUCCCAGGUAUCGUAGGAGUGUGUUUAAUUUGACUGUGCUGUACUUUUAAAACACCAAUAAAAACUAAAUGUCCGUUAAAAAUAAAA